AUGUCAGAGUGCACUCGCAUUCAAGCGAAGUUGCAGACGCUACCGGAACUCGAAGUACCUGGUGGUCAGGAGCUGGAAGCUUUCUGUGCCAUCGGUGGCGAGACCUUGGAGGAGCUGAGAGAAUUUAAGGAAAUUUCUGAUAGUGUUUGCAGGGACGCAAAGGAACUUCAUCUAAAUAUAUGUUUCCUCAAAGACAAAGAAUCCAAGUCGAAGAAAGACUCCCAACAUUGCUGCGAUCAGAAAGCUGAGGAAAUAGCCACAGCUAAAAGAGUGGACACGGCUCUUACAUUUGCUUUGGCUGGAUGUGUAGUCGUUGCAAUCCCAUUGUUUGUGUAUGGUGCUACGUUUCUGGGAAGUGCAGCUUGCAUCGGAGGUGCUGUCAGCGCUGGAGGGAAAGGUGUGCAAAAUCACUUCACUAGCCAGGCUGAAGCUGAGUUGAAGAAGAAAAGAGAAGAUUCUGCGAAAGCAGAGAAAUCUGUGGUUGCCUACACACGCCUUGACUUCUCUGCAGAUCCGUUCUCCAAAGGACUUGACAAGCUUGAUGGGCACCUUCGUGCACUGGAGGACAUACUGGCCAGCCUGCUGACAAGUGUGGCAAGAAACGAAUUUCACCAAGUUUUUUCACUGAGGAAGAAGCUGGAUAAGGAGCUAUCUUCCAGUUAG